AUGCAUGGGGUCACAUCCAGACUUUCAUUUCUGCAUGCCAAAAACAUUGUUCAUUGUGAUUUAAAGGCUGCAAAUGUCUUCGUCGGCGACAAUGGAGAUGAUGGUUUGUUGGUCAAACUUGGUGACUUUGGGACAACAUUGUUUGAUUUUGCACAAUUCUCAGUUUCAGUAAUGCCAGCUGCAACAAACACCGAUAACUCUGUUAUGUGCACAGCUGCAUAUACCGCUCCAGAACUUCUCGAGAGGGGUGCAAAACCGUCGUUUGAGAGUGAUGUCUACAGCCUCGCCAUGGUCAUGAUCGAGUCGUUCAACUCCUUGGAAAGGAGAGGUGGCGAAUUCUUCCAUUAUCUAUGAUUUUGUACGUAGAGGAGAACAACCAUCUGUUUCAACAGAAGAUCUCUCUGGGUUGAAGUCUGAAAUGGCAUCGCAGUGAAUAAGACUACUUCGUGAAUGCUGGGAGCAAAAUCCAACAAAGAGACCUACCAGUGCAGAAGCCACUUCGAAGAUGUCAUCGCUUUAUAGUGAAGAAUUUAGUGUCAAAUACAAAAGCUUCCAGGAAUGGAAAAUCCAAAAUCAAGACGUACUCUUCAUUUCUUUGAACACUCACCAAGGAAUGACCAUUGAAGUUGUGGAUGAAUUAGUAUGUGGUUUCACUUAAAAAAAAUGAGAAUGUCAUCAGAAUUAAAUCUAGAUUUGACUGAGAACCUUUAUCAAAAUGACGGAAGCAACGCAUGUGUGUACAAAAAUUGUGGACAAGCUUAUAGACUCUUCUCUUUUGUGUGGCCAGGACAACCAUAUAAUCGUUAAACGUUUUUCGGAGGACACAAUACGGAAACUGCCAAAACACAUCAAUUCUUCACGGUAGAUUAGGGAAUUAACAGAUGUCAAUCAAGCAAUCCAAGUGAUGAACCAGGAUGAGGUGAUUUGUGACGGAAUUGUUGGAAAAACAGUCCUCUAAGACACUUCACGAAAAACAUUGUUACCGGUACUUAAAGAGAGCUCUUACUUGUUUAGAACAAUCAGUUAACACCGACGGAAAGGCGUUCACAAUCUAUUUGUGCAGGCCAUUAGCUAUUCUAGUAGGAGUACUACAUUCGUCUUUUAUAAUAGUGGACACUCAUAAGGUACCCGAAGAGGCUGGCGGUACACAGUAUGGCUUAAUAGUACAGUUCACUUUUGAUACCGAUAAAAAAGAGACGGUUAUAGAUAACAUAGUGGAGUGGAUAUCCAUUAGGAUGAGAGCUUCAAUUCAAAACUAUUCCACAAGUUUGCAUUCAUUAGUUCUCCUUCAAGUAAUUAAAAAAUCGGGAACUGCCAUUUUCGAGUUUGACAUUUCAGAUGUAGACGAUGAAGAGCUUUUAAAUGCCAGCCUGGAAGCUGAAAGAAACAAAGGUUAUCUUCCCUCCGUCGUAAAUGAUCAUUCUGAGUAG